ACGCUCGGAUUCAUUCAGUCGGCGAACGGCCGCUUUUCGAUAUCGACGAGUCCGACACCGGGAUCUGAUUUGCUACCACAAGUGUGAUUUGAUUAAGUACUUUGAUUACCAUCAGCGGUUUGGAAGUUAGAUUUGCGAUUGUUCCGAACACAUCGAACGACACGAAAUUUCGAGAAAGGAGGUCAACGAUGGCGUCCCAGACGUGCGACGUCACUAAGAUACAGGACGAAGAUGUCCUUAGGCGCAUGUGGCAGGAAACAGACGACUUCAGCCAAAAGAAACAAAUACGCGCGCAUAUGUACAAAGUGCGCGAACAACGAUUGAAAGAGUUUUAUACUAGCGGUGAAGUGGCGCGCGAUAUUCAAACCACUUCCAACAUAACAACGAAAACCAGUAGCAGUAAACACGCGGAAAAUACGCAUCAUGCAGAUUCAUUGUUGGAUCACAGCUUCCAAUCUUUAAAAUCGAAAGAGAUUCGCGAUUCUGAAAGUCCCACGAAGGAUUUGGCUUUUUCUCGCUCUGCCGUUCAUUCGGAUCGUGGAUGGAACGUGCAAGAGACACAGGAGUCUAGUCGUGACGGUAAGACUCAGAGCGUUAGCAAGUUGGCUACCACAUCGGGUUCCAAGGAGAUUCAGGGUGGGGUUUCUCACUAUGCCGCUAAGAAUGAAGCAAAGGCAACGGUUUAUCAGGAUGGCGAUGAUAAGAACUUUAAGAAAGCGGUUGGCACUUCAAAUUCUAGUGUACUUAAGCAGGAGGCACAUGGUGUGGAUGGAGAUACCAGUUUUAAAUCUACUAGCACUUCUAGUUCUACAUCAUCGCGUUAUGUGAGUGAGCAAAAAUCUUCGUCCACCCAAGGAUACGUUCCAGACGCUGUGCUUAAAGACCCCAACACUAAGGUGUUUACCGAGACCAAGAUUCUUCCUGAUGGUACAAGAGUUACAAAGACACGAUAUGAGACCACUGGUGCCUGCACCAAGACUUCGGGUACGCAAAAUAGUAGCAACACUGUUGUUAAAAGUUCUUCAACGUCAAGUCAACGUCGUGAGAGUCAACAACGCGAGAGCAAACAACGUGAGAUUCAACAACGUGAGAUUACUCAGGAUACAAAACAACUGCAGCAAAGUGCGCAUAAUGUUAGGGAGGAGACACGUCAACAACUCCAGGAAACUAAUCAAAACAUACAAAAUGUUCAAAACGUGCAACAUGUGCAGAAUGUGCAAAAUGUUCACAAAGAACACAGGGAACACCAUGAAAAUAUCGAAAAUGUCCAGAGGAGCAGUGUGAAUGUUCAUAGAGAACAGCGCGAAGAACGACGUGUUCAGGAAUCUGAAAAAUGCAGCCGUGAACAACAUGAUCGUCACGACAAAAUACGUACAAUUGAAGAUAAAUCUGUCAAGGACACAUCCAUUCCCAAAAUGGAAAACGUCCAAACCAUUACAACUACAACCACUACCACCACCAACAAAAACGUCGGUAAACCCACUGAGCAAAUAAUAGAUUCGCGUCGUUCGUCGCAAACGGUCGUUGAGCGUGAUUCAUCAGUGAACGUUAUUAAUACAAAUAAAACCGAGAAAGUUCACACUGAAAAACAAAGCACGAACACCGCCAUUCAUUCUACCAGCUUCACGCAGGAUAAACAACGCGUCAGCGUCGAUAUUAGUCCAACUCACGAUGCGUUUGCUCGCAGCCUACGUAGCGUCACCCCAGAUCGUGACCGCAGGACUCAAUCCUUCCGCCAUCCAAGUCUUGAUAAGAAGACUAGAAUCACAUCAGAAAAGGGCUCCCAACAGUAUGGCAGCAAUGAAACUAUUACCAAGUCUGUUCAUACGGAGUAUGAUCGACGCAGUUCGUCCCCGAGGGAAAAGCCAAUCACAGAAAAGCCAACUGAUAAGGUCCUUCGCCGCACUGAUACUUAUGAAGAGCGUGUGCGUCAGAUACUUGGAAUUACGGAGAAAAAGAAACCAAAGCCGGAUAAAGAUGUCAGUGAUAUUAUUGCAAAUGAUCGUCAUGCCAAUCGCAAGCCAUCUUGGCCCGAUGUUGUUCGUAGGCCAAGCAAAAGUCCCGAAAAGAAGGUCCUGGAAUAUCCGGCCCAAAAGCGGACAAGUGUUUCUUAUCCAGAAAGGAAACCUUCUUUAAAAAGUCCAGAGAAAGAUAUCGCUCCACAGACAAAUUGGCUACCAUCAGCACCGCGUCAAACACCAGAACGGAAGACACCUGAUAGGGUUACCUUUUCUCCCGAUAAAGGCACAGCAACCGCGAAAGAGAUUCGUAAAUAUCAUGGUGGUAAAAGAACAUGUUCACCUGCGAUUGAUUUAGAAAUUGUUACCGAUCGAAUUGAUGCUAAGAAGAAAUCCAUGUCGCCUUGCAGAGAUGAUAUGAUUCCACGAGCUUUUACAACUGCAAAGAAUGGUCAGACGUAUACUGUUGAUUUUAUUAACGUUGAAAAGGAGAUCUCUGUGCAGCAACGCGCUAGCCCGGAGCGAUCAAGCCCUUCUCGCACAACACCUCGUGCGAGUCCCCAGAGGGAAACGUCUCCGAAGAAAACUACUGACAGUCUGUUGAAAGAAGAAACUAAGCAAAAGCAGAGUUCAGAGACGUACAAAACAGUCCAGACAACGGAGGAUGAGUUAAUGAAAUCAAAUGUUAAGCACUUGAAGGGUAAGCAGAUUGACGAAGUAGAUGAACCGCUUUUUACUAAGAAAUUUAUGUAUAAAUUAGGCAAAGAUGAAGAGGAACCCGCCGUAGAUAGACGCAGCAAGUCGCAAUCACCCAGGCGUUUGGUGGAAGAAGACAUUAUCACUGAGGAAAUCGAAACCAUCAAACAUAAGACCGUUAAGAAAGAUUUGUCAUUCGACGAACAGAAGGAGAAGAAAAGGAAGCAAAAGACAACCGAUACAACAACAACUACUGCUACAGUUACCACCGGGAAGAAAACACCAACUAAAAGAAGUGCAACAAAUCUGGUUACACAAACUAUCAAUUUGGAAACAUCACCAAAAACUACAGGUAACAAAACAAGCAAACCCAAGUCGCGUCCAGAGGAAACACCCAAAUGCAUUUCUACUAAGAGUAUAAUCAUCAAUGAGGCUGUAGCCGAACAACGUGAAAUUAUCGUUGACCUCAAGCGCUCCAAGUCAUCCCGUGAAGAUUCCCCUGAAAAGGUCUGGCCUGUGCAAACCGAAGAAGAUUCUGGUAUUCCACGUUAUCCAGAUCAAAUUCAAGAACCAGAAGACAGUCGCCGCAAUGCUUCAAGGAAGACCAAGGUAAAUGACAUUAUAAUUGAUGAAGAUGAACGCAUUGAAGAAUUUAACCGAAUCACUGAAUUAGUGGAUACGGAAAUCACGGAUGUAGAUAGAGUGGCUGAAACAGAUGAAUGUCUAUUGACUGUGAAUGAAAAAGUCAACAAAUUCCAGCAUACUAAAAAUACUUCGAAGAAAUCGAAGGGCCCAGCGCCAAAAGUCUCUCGCCCGGAAUUCAAUGUUGAUGAGACAUUACGUAGUGAUGAUUGUCUUUUGAGUGUAUCGGACAAAGUCCAUAAAUUUAAAACUACAGCGGAUCAAUUGAAAGCAGAUUCAAUUCCGGAGCGUCCCAAGUCUCCAAGAUGUCAAUUUACAACCACUAGUAAAACAACAACAAGUGAAGAUGUUCGUCAGGAACGGCGUCAGUCGAGUGAGGUAUUGAAAGACGAUGAAUGUUUGUUGAGUGUAUCCGAAAAGGUGAUUAAAUUUGUGGAUACUGCGGAGACAUUAAAGAAAAAACCAGAAGUUGCUUUGAGUGAUCUGAGCCCCAAGCCCAAGAAGAAACCUGUGACUGCUCCGAUUUUGGAUGAUACUCCAAAAUCAAGUAAGAAAGUUUACUUAAGUUCUGUUGGUAAACUAAGAAGUUCUGAAAGCAUCAAGAAAGCAAAGGUUCUUUUUGAAACAGCAGCGGAAUCUACAAAAAAUACCUCAUCUAUUUCAAAAUUAAGAUCUACAAAGGAAAUCCAACAAGACAAAUCACAUUUGGAUGAUGUUCGCAGAACUAUUACUUAUGAAGAUGAAAAUGUGCCUGGAUACAUGAAACAACUUGAUAGAUCCUUACGGAUUACCAGUCCUCAUCGAGAAUCUGUUCUGGAGUUGGAAGAAAUAUCUAAAGGUCAUGUAACUACGCAACUCCAUGAGGAUAUUCAUUUGACAGAUCAGGAACAUAAAACAAAGUUUGGUGUGACCCUGAGGAGAACCGAUUCUGAGAAGAAAAACGUUGUUGAGCGUAAAGAAUCUACAACUAUCGAGGUCAACGGUGCUAAAAAAGAAAUUGAAGAUGUCUAUGACUUGACAAUUUUGGAAACCAUGUUAGAAACUGUUACCAACUACGAAUUAAGACGUAGAAUCCGUGGACAAAUACGCAUUGUGAAGAAAAUGAUUAGUGAAGAAAAAAUUACGACAUCCAUGCCGAGGCGGCGUAGUUCUGCGGAGAAAAACGUCUCAGUGACGGAAAACUAUAAAGUCACCAAGAAAAUAACCACUACUAGAGAUGGAGAUAAAGUUGAUGAAAACAUAUUGAAGCGCCCGAGUGUUAUACGUAAAGACAAGUCCCCUGAGAAAAUGGGAUUCAAACCAUUCAGACGUAGUCCUGAAAGGCAGACCAAGAAAGACGAUCGCCCUGACUGGGCUAAGGAGCGUCCGUUGCGUAAAGCUAGCGAGAGGGUUGUGCCAACAACAAAAAGAUUUAUAUCUACUACAACCGUACGCAAGGAAGUGAAGAAAGAGCGUAGUCCCAGUAAGGAUGCCACUGACGCUAUCACAUCUUGUUAUGGUAUUGGUCCUACUGAUGAGAACGGAAUGCCCUUGUUUGGCCUAAAGGCUUUAAGGGCUCAUAAUAAAACAAAGGUGCAGGGGCAGGUGACUAAAAGUUCAUUCUAUUCUGAAAAUGGAAAGGAACCAGUAGGAGAGAUCACGGUGACCAAAUAUUCUGGUGAUCCAACGCAUGGAAUUCAAUCUAAGACCACCACUCAAAAGAUUGGUACGAAAAAAGCUGUUUCCAGCAUUGGUAGGAGCGUCGAUAAAAAAGUAGACGAACGAACGAAAGUAACUCGAAGAAACUCUGUAAAGGAGAUCACGCAAAAAUUCAUCGAUAAUAACAUUGAAUCUAAUACCUCCGAACGGAAAAACUCAUACAAAGCAGGUUUGAUUCUGCGGACCUCUAGUUUCAAAGAGAGGAAAUCCAGCAGCCGGGAAAGUACACCCGAGACCAGCCGCAAACAAACAACCGGAAGCUUUCUCACGAACACCAGUAAAGUGACUGGUAUUCAAGAUGUUAUCACCCGAAUGAAAACAGAGGAGCGCGUGGAAGGCGAUACCAGUGAAGACGCAGAGGCGCGUCAAAUGUUGAACAAAUUUCUUGGUUCCCAGGUAAUUCUCGCAGGCAUGGAGGGAGGUAGUUCUACCCGCAACGUGAUGAAGAGCACCACCUCCACUUCCGCCUCGUCCACCACGACGGGGAACAAGCGCACGACGAAGGUGACCACGACCGUAACGGAAAACGGUGUACCUAAAACAAACACCAGAACGUUCACGCAUCCAAUUACGCAAGAGGUGUUGAACACCAUUUGGAACGAGCAGACGUUGCGUCUUUUGCUGGAGCAAAGCACCGAGUACGAAGAACGCCGCAUUAUCAGACUCAGAUUAAAACAAGUUAUGGCCGAAAAAGAAGCAUGCUCUGAGUUCAUGGAAAAGACACUCGAGGAAUCGCAAUCCCCCGGCGGAAACGUACACGAGAAAAUCGUAACAACGAGGUCGUUUAACGAGGGUCCCAUGACGAGAACUCAAGUGACAACGCGAGUAACUCAGCAACAGACCGUCAAGAAGCCAAUGUCACCAUUUGCAAAAUUCCGUCAAAUGGAUAGACAAAACAGCUUGAACACACCACCCAGCACCCCAAAGACGCCGACAAGCGGCGGUCCGAUGUUUAAAUUUACCGACCCGAAUUUGAGUCAAAGCGCUAGUACUAUCAAAGAGAGAUUGCUCCAUUGGUGUCAAAUGAAAACGAGGGAAUACGAUAACAUAAAAUUGGACAACUUCUCGACAUGCUGGGCUGAUGGGCUGGCAUUUUGUGCACUCGUGCAUCAUUUCUUACCGGACGCUUUUGACUACACCAAGCUGACGCCGAACAACAGACGUUACAACUUUACGCUGGCUUUCAAAGUCGCCGAGGACAAAGCCGACAUAGCGCCGCUCCUCGACGUCGACGAUAUGGUAGAGACGCGUCGUCCUGAUUGGAAGUGCGUCUUCACCUAUGUGCAGUCGAUCUACAGACGCUUCAAGGAUCUGGACUAAAUUUAUUUUGUUCGGCAUUGCGUCGAUUUAUCAUCUGUCUCUCAUAAGUUGCUGUGAUGUGUUGAACAUAUGUGUGCACCGUCAGUCAGUUGUGUCGUGCAGUUGUCUCACUUUUUUCGUACUCCACUUGUACUUCUAUCUAUGUUUAAUGUUGCUGUUUUCUUUUUAUAUUCAUUGUUAUUUACGCAAUUUAUACAAUGCGCGCAUGGUGCAUUUGCGUCGCAGGGCUUUAGUUUAUUUCUCCAGGAUAUGCGCAACUGAAGGCAACUGUUUGCGAAUAUUUGGAGUAACGAACUUUGAUAACGCUCGCUGCUACGCCGCUUAGGCAGCUUUAUACCUUGCUUUCACUUAUAUUUAAAAAAAAUACAAAAAAAUGAUGCUUCUUGAUAUUAUGAACGUGAGUUACAAGAUCGAAGCCUGGCGCUAGACCUGUUUCUUUAAUCGCCUUAGUUUUCUAUUCAUAUAUACACAUAUAUACAUUUAUAAAAACAAAUAUAUUUAUCUAUUAAUGUAUUAACACAAAACGAAAAUUAAUUAAUAAAUAAAAGCUUUUACUAUGCA